AUGAUGGCCUCGAACUCGUCACAGCCUCUCAGUCUAUUCGAGUCAUCGAGCUGUACCGUAGAUCAGACGCACCUCAUCAACACCGCACAGAACUGGAACCUCUCAGACUCCGAGUGCGAUGCUAUUCUGCCUGCACCGCUACAUCCCAGCUGCUGGAACACACCUCUUCUAGCCGCCAUUCAUGAGCUUUCAGCACUCACAAUAGGUCAAAAAGAGCGUGCGCAUAGUCUGCUGAGCACGUAUUUCCAGGCCCGCAUCCGCGAGGCGUCGUACACCGGUAAGCAAGGGAAUAUAUACGCCACGCUUGAGGUCGAGGAUGUGGAGCAGGCGAUUGCAAGUGCGCAGAGGAUGAAGAAGGGGCAGGAGAUGGAAAAUAUCCAGCCGCCCAAGACAGCAGUGGAUGCGAUGCCAAUACCGAGCGAGCAAAAUGACGUGCAAGAAAAGCGGAAGUAUUCGAUUCGCGAAGAGAUCAUGAAUGUUGAUGACAACAACGAUGCGCUGCUGCAGCCGGCAGAGAAGAAGCAGAAGACGACCGCUGAGGCCGAGGUGAGUCCCAACACUGCCAUCGCAAACGCAAUCAACACCAGUCUAGCGAGCGCGAACGCGAACAUGACCUUGAACUCGAAUGCGAACAUAGCCUCGAACGCGAACGAACAACACCGCCCCCAGCCACCACGAAGACUCUCCCCCGCAAAGAAACGCUUGCGCCUCCCGCCCAUCAAUACACAAGCCGCGUAUAGCACCUAUGCGCCAUCUCCACACAUGACUCCGCACUACCUUGUGCAAGCAGCGCAGCGGGCGACUCAUGAGUUCAAUGUCCAGCGCAUAGAGUUUGCGCGGGCAGAGGCCGAGUACAACGCUGCUAAGCAGAGGUAUGGCGAUGCGAUGUGGAGGAUGGAAGAUGCGAAACGGCAGGUGAUGGGUUGGCGAUGA